AUGCCCAUCACCAAGUACAAGGCCGCCGCUGUCACCUCCGAGCCUAGCUGGUUCGACCUCGAGGGCGGUGUUCGCAAGACCAUUGACUUUAUCAACGAAGCCGGACAAGCAGGAUGCAAACUCGUUGCCUUUCCAGAAGUCUGGAUUCCCGGAUACCCCUACUGGAUGUGGAAGGUCACCUACCUGCAGAGCCUCCCAAUGCUCAAAAAGUACCGCGAGAACUCCAUGGCUGUAGACUCUGAGGAGAUGCGCCGCAUCCGCCGGGCGGCGCGCGACAACCAAAUCUUUGUCUCGCUGGGCUUCUCCGAGAUUGACCACGCCACGCUGUACCUGGCCCAGGUGCUCAUCAGCCCGACGGGCGAGGUCAUCAACCACCGCCGCAAGAUCAAGCCCACCCACGUCGAGAAGCUCGUCUACGGCGACGGCGCCGGCGACACCUUCAAGUCCGUCACCGAGACCGAGAUUGGCCGCGUCGGUCAGCUCAACUGCUGGGAGAACAUGAACCCCUUCCUCAAGUCCCUCAACGUCUCCGAGGGCGAACAAGUACACAUUGCCGCUUGGCCCGUCUACCCCGGCAAGGAGAGACAAGUCUCGCCUGACCCUGCCACCAACUACGCCGACCCUGCCUCGGACCUGGUCACCCCCGAGUACGCCAUCGAGACGGGCACCUGGACCCUGGCGCCCUUCCAGCGCCUCUCGGUCGAGGGCCUCAAGAAGAACACCCCCGAGGGCGUCGAGCCCGAGACGGACCCGUCCGUGUACAACGGCCACGCCCGCAUCUACCGCCCCGACGGCAGCCUGCACACCAAGCCCAGCAAGGACUUUGACGGCCUGCUGUUUGUCGACAUUGACCUCAACGAGACCCACCUGACCAAGGUCCUGGCCGACUUUGCCGGUCACUACAUGCGCCCUGAUCUCAUCCGUCUCCUCGUCGACACGAGGCGCAAGGAGCUGAUUACCGAGGCUGACCCGGCUGGUGGUAUCGCUACCUACAGCACCCGUACCCGUCUGGGCUUGGACAAGCCCCUGGAUGGAGAGCCUGCGUCUAUCAAGGUUCCCCAGGACAAGACGGAGGACCCUUCCAAGAUCUAG